AUGACUUCUCUGCUCUUCCAGUGGUGGACGGGACUCCGGGCACUGCUGAACACACGCUCUGAUUAUAUUCCCCUCUGUCAGAGAUGUGAACGACUCGAGCUCCUUGCCAGUGUCAAUGAAAUGCCGCACUCCGAUAACAAGUAUCGUGGCCCUCUACUCGCCAGAAUUGACAACAUCCCCAUCGACACAUCAUGUGUUCUUUGUGCAAGACUCGGCCAAUACCUUCACCACCUUGUAUCCGAGACUUCUUCGCAGCUUGUUGGGAAGACGCGCUCAGUCGAGUUGUUGCAGUACCAGCAUUUCCAGUAUGGAACAUACUUUGCAAUCCAGUACUGUGUUCCUGGCCGGGAACUACGAAUUUUCCUCGUGGAGCCUGCGAUUCUUCUUGGCUUUCUUGAAGCAAGCAUUACACACCCUUUUACAUCUGUUACAUGCCAAAACAGUUCUGAUGGAAUGGCGACUGGACGGCUCUGUGAUCCGGCUUCUAUCGAUACAAACACUCUGAGGGAAUGCAAUCAUAAGCAUGCUUGUGGCAAGGUCAACCAAGAUGGAAUGAGACCCGACAGGCUCAUCGACUGUAGACUCCGGGAGCUAUGCGACAGUGAUGAACCCUACGUGUGCUUGAGCUACGUUUGGGGAUCAAUUCUAUCAGACCAGGAUUCAGCGAGCUGUACCCUCCCCCAAAAGUUACCUGCAACUAUUUCGGAUGCCAUGGAAGUCACGCUCCGAAUCGGUAUGAGGUAUCUAUGGGUAGACCGAUAUUGCAUCGACCAGGACAAUGAGGUUGAGAAGCAUAACAUCAUUCGGAAUAUGGACGCCAUCUAUGGCGGUGCAGAGCUAACCAUAAUCGCUGCCGCAGGCCAUGGUCCUGGCUAUGGUCUUCCCGGUUUAUCACGUACACGGGAGCCCCAGCGCACUCUCAAGAUUGGAAAACGCGUCUUCGUGGCCGUGGAAAAUCCUGUCAUAGAGAUCGUAUCAUCCGAAUGGAAUUCUCGGGCCUGGACUUACCAGGAAGCAUUGUUGUCACGCAGACGUCUCGUCUUUACUGAUAGACAGGUAUACUUCCAAUGUUGCCUUGGUCACCGCAUGGAAGGCGUGCAGUUACCGAAUUUUAUGGAAUUGCCACUGAAGACUCGAGCAUUUCCGGAAAGCGGCAUUGGCAUCAGAGCAGUCGAGAUCUACGAUCGUCUAGAAGAAUACUACGCGAGGAAGCUUUCGUUUGACAUUGACAUAUUAAAUGCUCUUUCGGGCAUCUUUCGAGCUUUUCAAAGGCGCCCCUUUGGCUCUGGGAGCCCCUACGCAUUGCACUUCUAUGGGAUUCCAAUUAUUACCUCAACGAUUGGGCCCCUGGGCUUGGCCAACCCGCAUGUACCAUUCGCUGCAGGCUUAGCUUGGCGAGUAGUAGGCUGUGGCCAAGAAGCUACCAUAAGCAGUACGGCUAGAAUCAGCAGCAAUUACCCCUCGUGGACCUGGGCAUCACUCAAGGCCCAGCGGCCCAAAGAAGAUCCUGGCGAACUGUCGUUUCUGUAUCGCGAUUCUUCCAGACUCCCCUGGCUUGAUGAGAUAGUCCGAAUUUGUUUCCACCAUCAAUCUGGUGCUCAAAUGAGCUUGGUAGACUACGUCAAGCAUGACUGUGAUUAUACAGCGUUCUCGCCACGCAUUUACGUCACGAGCAUGACUUGUUCUGGCAAGCUACUACGCAGUAGUUCAGAUCGGGCCACAUUUGUUCCCUGUCCAGCCAUGACUGUACACUUGGAUCAAACCCCCUCAAUUGCAACGCGCGAUACAGUUGCUGUAUAUAUUGGCUACAUGAAGAAAGGCUCGCGAGUGUUCAUGGCCUUCUUGUUGGUUGAACUGCUGGACAGUGGACAUUGUCGUCGUCUGGGUAUACUUUCCGAUCACUUGCUCGAUGACAUGUAUCGCUUUGAUCACGAAAUCUCUAACAACCCCCUUACCGACCCCGGUUUGUAUUUUCGAGAUAUCUGUGGCGGUGGCGAAUGGCAUGAGAAAAGCUUGGUGUUGGAAUGA